AUGGCCUUAGGACGCGAAGGAGACUUUACAGGAAAGCUUCGGCUUCCCUUGCCUGAGACUUUCAACGGCAAUCCUGCCGACUGGGAAGAAUGGGCCUGGAACUUCAAGGCCUACUUUUCGAUUUUCGAGACAGGUGCUGUCACUUUGCUAGACAAUGCAGAAGCUAGGCAUGAUGAGUUUCUUGAUGAAGAUAUGAGCGUCACUUUGGGCACAGGUGAUGUUGAUGCCGAGCAAACCGCAGCCCGAGCACUUUUCUCCCGGAAGAGACUUUUCAAGAAGUUCUCGCUGCCAGGAGCUUCGAGGAGCAUUUCACUUUUGACGCAGCUCUUGGACUUCAAGUUCAACUCGGCAACCUUCGAACAGGUGCGCGAGGUUAUUCUUGAAUACCAUGGCUCUCGACUUUUGAUGAACCUAGUUGCACAAACUUCGGCGAAUGCAACUUUCCAAGGUGGAGCUUCGGCUCCCAUGGACAUAG